UGCUUGCACAUCGCCUGCCUCAAUCCCUUUGCUGGGACGGCUCUCCCGCUGUGACGUAUCGCUCAACGACGCUCUAUCUCCACUCUAUUCCUUUAUCUUUGCUGGACUAUCAAUUCCUGUCAAAACGCCCUGUUAAAUCCGUUCCGACAUCGCCAAGAUGAGCAUUCGAGAGAAAGUACGGAAGGUGUUUCGAGGACACAAAUCGAAGCAAUCCGCAUCAGGAAUCAAGAUCGAAUACUAUAGGCGUGGCGAGGUUCCGCCAUCGAAGUUCAAGGGCCCUUUCGACAAGGAACACCAAAAGCAACUGGCCGCAUGGUCUUUUGAGGAAGCCCAAAAGGAUCGUCGACGAUCCCUCGAUCUAUCCCUGUCACCUUGUACGACAUUACCGGACUACGUUGAUUCUCGGGGAGUUGCCGAUACGGCUCUAGACCAAACUCGGCCCCGGAUACCGAAGAGGAAUCUAUCUCAUGGAGCGUCUCCAGCAGCCUACCAUGACGAAUUUAUCCAAGAUCGACAGGCAACCGAAGGGUCGCUCUCCUCAACCACCGCGGUUGAUCCAGAGAGUUUUAGCGACUCUACCAUGACCCUUUUCCUUGACCCUCUCGAUGAAGACCCGGGAUUGAAGGGCAAAAACCCAGUCCGCAACACCUCGCCGAUUAUUCGAUCGGUCGCCACACCACCCCUUCCCGCCAAGGGAGCACCCAUACCAUUCGCUGCCGAUGAUCUAACACGAGCGUUGAACGCGGUUCAGAUCUGUUCGUAGAUUUAUUAUACCAUUUCCCUAGACUGCCUUCUGAGAAGACUCGUCUUUUGACAAC